GAAAACAAAAUUUGGAUUUAGGGUUCAUGUCAUUUCUAGCAACAGGCAUACUAUCAAGGAAGAACACCCAGAAAUGGAGCUCCUUUGAAUCCUACUCAGUCACACUUCUGAAAGGCUCAGCAAUUCCUUCUUUUAACCGUCGCUCUCCCUUCUUCAAAACUUCUCUUCUUUAGAUUUUUGAACCCCCCCUCUUUCUAACCCUUAAAACUCCUGUUUAUACCCAAGACAAAGAAACCCUAAAAACCCCAUUCCAAAAUUCACCUCUCCAGGCCUUUAGAAUUUGCCUUUUUGGGCAUCUCCAAUCUUUUCCUUCUUUACCCGAACCUCUGAAAUGGAAUUCGGCCUCAAUUUGCAUCAAUUCUGGCCUCCUAUCAUUCGCUCGUGGUCUGUACUAACACAAAUCUACAAAUCUGCUCCAGUUGAAAGGAGAUUGCAAUUUUGCCAAGUCGUCAGAGUUUCGCGUGGGCAUCACCUCCGUCGCCGAUUAGUGGAUCUGGUUGUACUCUCCCUUGUUCUACUCUUCACUUGCCGGCGUGGUUGGUGCUGGACUACGGGAAUGGUUCAGGAAGGUGGGUUUGAGAUGGUGGUUUCCCAAUUGACCGAAACCAAGGGUCUUGACAUGGAAAGGAGUUGAAAAUAUAAGAAUCGAAGGUUUGGAACCGAAGAAGGAGAAGAACGAAGAAGAUUGCGUGCACCCUUUUGAAAGAUAGCUACCGGUUACUCUGCAUUGGGAAAAGAAAGGCGAGAUUGAGAAUCUGCUUGAGGAAAGAAGAAGGAAACCAAAGGAAGAGAGUAAUAGAGAUUCCAAUCAGAUCCCUAAUUCUAGCAGUAGAAAUUGGGGCUAGAUUACUGCCU